AUGGCACAUCCAUCCCAACUAGGUUUUCAAGAUGCAGCUUCACCUGUAAUGGAAGAACUCCUACACUUCCACGAUCAUGCCCUAAUAAUCGUAUUCCUUAUUAGUACCCUCGUUCUUUACAUUAUUGUAGCUAUGGUUACAACUAAACUAACAAACAAAUUUAUUCUAGAUUCCCAAGAAAUUGAAAUUAUUUGAACAAUUUUACCGGCAAUUAUUCUUAUUUUAAUUGCACUUCCUUCCCUUCGAAUCCUUUACCUUAUAGACGAAAUUAAUGAUCCCCACCUUACAAUUAAAGCUAUGGGACACCAGUGAUACUGAAGUUACGAAUAUACGGAUUAUGAAGACUUAAACUUUGACUCCUACAUAAUUCCCACACAAGAUCUAUCCCCCGGUCAAUUUCGGCUAUUAGAAGCUGACCAUCGAAUAGUUAUUCCUAUUGAAUCCCCCAUUCGAGUCCUAGUAUCUGCUGAAGAUGUUCUCCACUCUUGAGCUGUCCCAAGCCUUGGCGUAAAAAUAGACGCCGUCCCAGGACGUUUAAAUCAAACGGCUUUUAUUGCAUCCCGCCCCGGAGUAUUCUAUGGCCAAUGCUCUGAAAUUUGCGGAGCAAACCACAGUUUUAUACCUAUUGUAGUAGAAGCAGUUCCCCUUGAACACUUUGAAAAGUGAUCCUCUUUAAUACUUGAAGACGCCU